UUCUUUGUUUAUGUAUGAAUUCAAUAAUAAUUGUUAUGUGUGAGUCAUUUCCAGUUUGAAUAAUGGUUAAAAGAUUUAACAAAAAAAGAUUUAAUGUAUGAAUUACAAUAAACCAUUUAAACGUAAAAUUAAUUUCUUAUUGUCUUUAUUAAAAUAGUUUGUGAAAGUGUGUGAUGUUUUUAAUGUAAAUCAUGUCAAUGUCGAUAGAAGAGAGUUCGAUGAUAAAUGCUGAUAUAGAAAAUGAUGUCACCAGCAGUCACAGGAAUUUAGUUGAAACCGAGAGAGUUGAGGAGACAACAGGAUGGAUCAAGUGCAGGACUGUGUUGGGGAUCAUGGGAUUACUAGGGUUUGCAAAUGUUUAUGCAAUGCGUGUGAAUCUAUCAGUGGCAAUAGUGGCCAUGAUAAACUCCACAGAGCCAUUGCCUUCCAAUGACACCACAUUGGAUGUUUGUCCGACAAGCUUACCCAGUAAUAAUACUAUUCCACCUAAACAAGGGGAAUUCAACUGGACGGCAGAACAACAAAGUAUAAUACUUGGAUCAUUUUUCUAUGGCUAUGUUUUAACACAGAUUCCGGGAGGACGCAUUGCCGAGAUGUUUGGGGGAAAAUUAGUAUAUGGAAUUGGAGUUUUGUUAACAGCUGUAUUUACAAUACUCAGUCCAAUAGCUGCGUAUAUAGAUUUUAAGUUUUUUAUAGUAGUGCGAGUCUUAGAAGGCCUGGGUGAGGGUGUGACAUACCCGGCCAUGCAUGCUAUGUUAUCAAGAUGGAUUCCACCAUUAGAGAGAUCAAAGUUUGCCGCCUAUGUUUAUGCUGGUUCUAACAUUGGUACAGUGAUAUCACUGCCAAUAUCUGGUUGGCUGUGUACUUUAGACUUUGCUGGUGGUUGGCCAUUGUGCUUCUACAUAUUUGGAGGUCUGGGAAUCAUAUGGUUUAUUGCCUGGAUGUUCCUUAUAUAUGAUACACCUCAAAAGCAUCCGAGAAUAUGUCCGAAAGAGGUGGAAUUUAUCACAGAAAGUAUCGGUGUUCAGGAGGAGCAUAGACAAUCGAUUCCUUGGUGCAAGUUUUUAACGUGUCUGCCGCUGUGGGCUAUAUUGAUAGCACAGUGUGGACAAUCAUGGCUCUUCUACACUCAGCUGACAGAACUGCCAACUUACAUGAACAAUAUACUACACUUUGACAUCGUAUCUAACGCACGUCUUCUGGCGUUGCCAUAUUUAUCGUCAUGGGUGGCUGGUAUAGGUAUCAGUAUAUUUGCGGACUGGUUGCUAGCAAAGGGCUGGAUAUCGAGACUGAACAGUAUGAAGCUCUGGAACACUGUCGGCUCGUUCAUCCCAGCCCUGGGCUUGCUGGGUAUCGCGUGGGCUGGCUGCGAUCGUUUGUCUGUUAUGUUGUUACUAACAAUAACAUCCGCCUUCGGUGGAGCCGUAUACGCUGGUAAUCAGAUGAACCACAUCGACCUGUCUCCUCAGUUCGCUGGGACCAUGUACGGUAUCACAAACGCAGCCAGCAACAUUUGCGGGUUCAUGGCGCCCUACGUUAUAGGACUCAUAAUUAGUGACACACAGCAAACAUUAGGACAAUGGCGCGAGGUGUUCUACUUAGCGGCUGCCAUUGAUCUGGGAGCUAAUCUGUUUUAUUUGUUCUUUGCUAGUACUGAAGAACAGGAUUGGUCUAGACCGGCCAUAGAUGACCUGACAGUCUCUGCCCCCGUAGAAAGUCUGAUGUAUCCGGAGUCAUAGGACAAUAUACAGCUAGGGACACACACCAGUGAUAUGAAAGACUUGUAUAAAGGCUGUAGUGAAACUAAGCCUUUAAUAAUGUCUAUAUAUUUUAUAUGGUUAUAAUUUCUAUUACAUUAUUCCAUCUCAUAUAACAUUUAAAAUUGUGGAUGAUGUACAUUUUAAUAUGAGGUUAGUAAUAUUUGAUUAGAGAUAAUUAUUUUUGUAUGUAAAACAAAUCUUUUUAGUAUGAAAUAUGUAUUUAUAUUCUCCACAAUUUUGAUAGCUCUAUGUAUAUAUUUUAUAUUUAUAAUAAUUUAGAGAAAAUUCUUAAAUAAUAAAAUGUCAAUAAAAAUAAAAACGAGUGGCUUGCGUUAAUAUUUAAAUAUCGAUAAUAUUGAACGAGGAGGCUACAACACAAGUAUUAAAAAAAAUACGUACAAAAUAUUAUUAUACCUCUAAAUUAUUAUAAGAUAAUUUUAUUAUUAUUAUUUUAUAAGAAUUUUACCACCCAAAAUCUGGAAAAUUACCUUUUUCAUAUUAAUUCUAAUAGCGGUGCUUAUAGACUAGUGCAGCCAAAUCAUAAUCCCGCCAAAGAUAUAAAAAGCUUUGUCUUAGUUUACAAAUGAAUACAGGAUUUUAUCUAUUUAAUCGAUUUCAUCGAUAAAAAUCAGCGCUGAAUCAAAGACAAUGUAUUUUUUUAUUUUAUGUGCAGUAAUAAAAUGAUUGUCACUGGAAUAAAAACAACAGAUUGUUCAUCGAAGUUUAUUAUUGUCAUAAAAUAAAAAAAGAAAUAAAAAUAAUUGGCGGCAAAUCUUUAAAUGUCAAGUUCGUAUGUAAUUAGCACAAUUUUUUUUAUUUUUAAUUUAAGUAAACAAUGUUUUUAAGUUAUUUACAUUUCCAAUAUUUUGAAGCUGUGCUCUUGUGCUGUGUUAUUGUUGUAUGAUUAAAAUAUUGAAUAGUAUUAAAUAUGCGGGACAUUUUGAAAAAAUAAUAAGCAUAUCUUCUGUAUCCAAAACAAACAAAAAAUAUAUAAUUUUAAUUUAAUAAAAUAUACUUAUGUGUACUUAUUUAACGUCACGGUUUCAUGACAAAUAUUUUUAACUUUCAUCCGUAGCACUACUUAUUUUUUAUUCCUUGUAACAUUAGUAAUUUUUGUUUUUUUUUUCAAACUUUUUCUUAUAAUCGUCUACAUAACUGAUUCUUCUAUUAGCCAAUUUUCUCUAUAUUAUGUACAUAUAUAGUUAAUCAAACAUUUGCACGUAAUCUUGUAAGGUGUUGGUCCAAGGCUCACAGAUAGUAUACAUCCAUUCCUUAAUUAUUAACAAUCGCAAACAGUAUUCAUAUGCUACGGCUUGGUUUUAAUAAUUUUAUUUUAAUUUUUAUUAGAUGAAUUAUUCAAAUUAUACUUAAGCGUCAUAUAAUUUGCAUUUAUAAGUGAACGAAUUUAUCUGUUGUUACGAACGACAAUAAAAUAAAAAUAAUUUGUAUCCACGAAUCUCCGUAAUGUCAGUGUUUAAGGAAAUACAACUGUCAAUGAUUGUUUAAUGACAGUGUGCCUCGACGGAAAAAAAUAAUGUAAAUGCUGAAAAACAAUUUUGAUAUAUGUAUAAUUAGGCAUGUAUUUUUUUAAAGGUUAUUCGGAAUAAAUCGUACGAAAUUA